AUGGGACUGACACCCGCCACGACACCAACGCAACCGCCUAAAGAUGAUCCCAUGACGCCAGAAGAGCUGAAGCAAUACAAUGGCACAGACGAUACAAAGCCUGUGUAUGUGGCUGUCAAAGGUGUCAUUUUUGACGUGUCACCUCGCAGGGAGAUGUAUGGACAUGGUAAAGGUUAUGCGAUUUUUGCCGGCAAAGAUGCGUCGCGGGCUUUGGGAAUGUCGAGCCUCAAUCCAGAAGAUGCCGUGUCAGACUAUUCUACACUCAAGCCAGAUCAGAUGAAAGUCCUAAAUGAUUGGUUUGAGUAUUACAAAAAGCGGUAUAAUAUUGUGGGGAAAGUGGUCGAGGAAAAAUGA